GGUAGUGCACAGCUGUGGCCCUUAAGCUGCUGCCGGCGGGGGAAGACCCGUAUCUGCGCCUGCACCUGAAGCCUUUUCUCCCGCACCUCGCCCCUGCCCCGAGAAUUAGAGGGGAGAAACCAAGACCUGGAUGGGCUUGGCCCUUUCCUACACUUCGAGUGACAACCCCAGCCGUGCCAGGUACAAAGAUAGCUGUAUCAACUCAGGGAAACAAUAGUCUCUCUGUAUUUUAAGCAUAUCAACAAUGAAGCACUGAUAUCUGAGAACAAAGGAGCCUUUGCCAACUAUCAUCACAGUUUCCAGUGAUUGUAUAAGCAAAAACAAAACACAGCAGAUACACAUGUGCCAACUAGUCUAAGAGAAUCCCUUCUUCGGAUGCUUCUUAUGCAGAAGCGGUUUUAAUAUAGAUUAUUUAAAUUUUUUCUGUACCAAAUGAAAUAAAAAUGAGUGAAGGCCCCAGAUUCUUUGUUGGACCCGAAGAUACAGAAAUAAAUCCUGGAAGUUACCGACAUUUCUUCCACCACGCAGAUGAAGAGGAAGAGGAAGAGGAUGAGUCUCCUCCAGAAAGGCAGAUUGUAGUUGGAAUAUGUUCCAUGGCAAAGAAAUCUAAAUCCAAGCCAAUGAAGGAAAUUCUGGAACGGAUCUCUUUAUUUAAAUAUAUCACAGUAGUAGUAUUUGAAGAGGAAGUUAUAUUGAAUGAACCAGUGGAAAAUUGGCCCUUAUGUGAUUGUCUUAUUUCUUUCCAUUCUAAAGGAUUUCCACUGGACAAAGCAGUUGCCUAUGCAAAACUCAGGAAUCCAUUUGUAAUCAAUGACUUGAAUAUGCAGUAUCGCAUACAAGACAGGAGAGAAGUAUAUAGUAUUCUUCAAGCUGAAGGUAUUUUACUUCCUCGUUACGCAAUUUUGAACCGAGAUCCAAAUAACCCCAAAGAAUGCAAUCUGAUUGAAGGGGAAGAUCACGUAGAAGUGAAUGGGGAAGUUUUCCAAAAGCCAUUUGUAGAAAAGCCAGUCAGUGCAGAAGACCACAAUGUUUACAUUUAUUAUCCAACUUCUGCUGGAGGUGGAAGUCAAAGGCUUUUUAGAAAGAUUGGCAGUAGAAGUAGUGUGUAUUCCCCAGAAAGCAAUGUACGAAAAACAGGUUCAUAUAUAUAUGAAGAGUUUAUGCCCACAGAUGGUACUGAUGUUAAGGUUUAUACAGUGGGUCCAGAUUAUGCUCAUGCUGAAGCUCGGAAAUCGCCAGCACUUGAUGGCAAGGUAGAGCGAGACAGUGAAGGCAAAGAAGUCAGAUACCCUGUUAUUCUCAAUGCGCGAGAGAAGUUAAUCGCUUGGAAAGUCUGCCUUGCUUUUAAGCAAACAGUUUGUGGCUUUGAUUUAUUACGGGCAAAUGGACAGUCCUAUGUCUGUGAUGUCAAUGGCUUCAGUUUUGUGAAGAAUUCCAUGAAGUAUUAUGAUGAUUGUGCAAAAAUACUUGGAAACAUUGUAAUGCGAGAGCUUGCUCCACAAUUUCAUAUCCCUUGGUCAAUACCCUUAGAAGCUGAAGAUAUUCCAAUUGUACCAACUACAUCUGGAACUAUGAUGGAACUUAGAUGUGUCAUAGCUGUCAUACGCCAUGGCGAUAGAACACCAAAACAAAAAAUGAAAAUGGAAGUGAGGCACCAAAAAUUUUUUGAUCUUUUUGAAAAAUGUGACGGCUACAAAUCAGGGAAGUUAAAACUUAAAAAGCCAAAGCAAUUACAGGAAGUGCUUGAUAUUGCCCGACAACUUCUUAUGGAACUAGGACAAAACAAUGAUUCCGAAAUUGAGGAAAACAAGUCCAAACUUGAACAACUUAAGACUGUAUUAGAGAUGUAUGGUCAUUUUUCUGGAAUAAAUCGUAAGGUCCAAUUGACUUACCUCCCACAUGGGUGUCCUAAAACCUCUAGUGAAGAGGAAGACAGCCGAAGAGAAGAGCCAUCCUUACUGUUGGUUCUAAAGUGGGGAGGAGAGUUAACUCCUGCAGGCAGGGUCCAGGCUGAAGAACUUGGAAGAGCUUUCAGGUGUAUGUAUCCUGGAGGUCAAGGAGAUUAUGCAGGAUUUCCUGGUUGUGGUUUACUUCGAUUGCAUAGCACCUACCGACAUGACCUUAAAAUAUAUGCCUCUGAUGAGGGGCGAGUCCAGAUGACUGCAGCUGCUUUUGCAAAGGGGCUACUGGCUCUGGAAGGAGAGCUUACACCCAUUCUCGUUCAAAUGGUGAAAAGUGCGAAUAUGAAUGGUCUUUUGGAUAGUGAUAAUGACUCUUUGAGCAGUUGUCAACAACGUGUAAAAGCUAGACUUCAUGAAAUUCUUCAGAAAGACAGAGAUUUUACUGCUGAAGAUUAUGAGAAGCUUACUCCAUCUGGAAGCAUUUCUCUUAUCAAAUCAAUGCAUUUAAUUAAAAAUCCUGUGAAGACCUGUGACAAAGUAUAUUCUUUGAUUCAGAAUUUGACUUCUCAAAUCAGACAUCGAAUGGAAGAUCCAAAAUCAUCAGAUAUUCAGCUUUACCAUAGCGAAACCUUAGAGCUUAUGCUGCGUAGAUGGUCCAAGUUGGAGAAAGACUUUAAAACAAAGAAUGGAAGAUACGAUAUUAGUAAGAUUCCUGACAUAUAUGACUGUAUAAAAUAUGAUGUCCAGCAUAAUGGUUCUUUGAAAUUAGAAGACACAAUGGAACUAUAUAGGCUUUCAAAGGCAUUAGCAGAUAUUGUUAUCCCUCAGGAAUAUGGUAUAACUAAGGCUGAAAAACUGGAGAUUGCCAAAGGCUACUGUACUCCUCUAGUUAGAAAAAUUCGCUCAGACCUGCAGAGAACACAAGAUGAUGACACUGUAAAUAAACUCCAUCCUGUGUAUUCCAGAGGUGUUUUGUCUCCUGAACGUCAUGUUCGUACCAGAUUAUAUUUUACCAGUGAAAGUCAUGUACAUUCUUUACUAUCUAUUCUUCGCUAUGGUGCCUUAUGCGAUGAAUCAAAGGAUGAACAGUGGAAACGAGCUGUGGACUAUCUGAACAUUGUCAGUGAACUCAACUACAUGACUCAGAUUGUUAUUAUGCUUUACGAAGACCCUAACAAGGACCUUUCCUCAGAAGAACGCUUUCAUGUUGAAUUACAUUUCAGUCCAGGAGCCAAAGGUUGUGAAGAAGAUAAAAAUUUACCAUCUGGCUAUGGAUACAGACCAGCUUCCAGAGAGAGUGAAGGCAGGAGAUCUUUUAAAAGUGAUAAUGAUGACGAACCACAUACUUCUAAAAGAGAUGAGGUUGAUCGAGCUGUUAUACUGUUUAAACCAUUGGUAUCAGAGCCAAUUCAUAUACACAGGAAGUCUCCACUUCCACGAUCUAGGAAGAUGGCUACGAAUGAAGAAGAGAGCCCCCUGAGUGUGUCUAGCCCAGAGGGUACUGGUACCUGGCUGCAUUAUACCAGUGGUGUGGGUACUGGGCGUCGAAGACGCAGAUCAGGGGAACAAAUCACUUCUUCCCCUGUCUCCCCCAAAUCAUUGGCUUUCACAUCCAGUAUUUUUGGCUCAUGGCAACAGGUUGUAUCUGAAAAUGCUAAUUACCUUCGAACCCCAAGAACUCUUGUGGAACAGAAGCAGAACCCUACUGUAGGGUCUCACUGUGCGGGCCUGUUUAGCACCUCAGUGCUCGGGGGUUCUUCAAGUGCACCUAACCUACAGGAUUAUGCUCGUACUCAUCGUAAAAAGCUGACCUCUUCUGGCUGCAUAGAUGACGCCACACGCGGUUCUGCUGUUAAAAGGUUUUCUAUCUCAUUUGCUCGACACCCAACCAAUGAACGCCUCCACCUCUCUAGGUGCUGGUCCAUUUCCUCUGUGGAAUUUCUAGGCUCCAGUGGCUUUGAACUGUAUUCUAUGGUGCCGUCUAUUUGUCCUCUAGAAACCCUUCACAAUGCCCUAUCUUUAAAGCAGGUGGAUGAAUUUCUGGCUUCCAUUGCUUUUCCAUCAAGUGAAGUUCCAUGGAAGACCCCUGAAAUUCACUCACGUUCCAGUCCAGUAAUGAGAAGAAAAGUGUCUUUGAAUACUUACACACCUACAAAGAUCCUCCCAACACCACCAGCUACCUUAAAGGGCACGAAAGCAAGCAACAAACCAGCUACCAGUGGACCUUCUAAUACAUCUAAUACCUCAUCUCGAAAAAAGAGUAUCUCUAGCAAAACAGAAGAAUAUAAAAAAAACACUGGGAAAAAGAAAUAAUAAAACCUUCUUAGCAGAAAUUGGAACUUUGUUCAGUAGAAAAAGACAUAAGGUUGGCUGAACACUGUCAAAGCAAGUAAUGUAUGUUUCUCCUUAGACCUCCCUGUGUUCAUUUAAAAAUCCUUUUAAAUCUAUACAAUUGUUUAUAUUCAGGUAAGGAACUUUGUCGUGAUCCGAAAAUGUUUAAAAUAACCUUACUGCAUUUUGUGAGUACCAAAAUUUGUGAUAAAAGUCUGUUCAUUGUGAGUAUGAAAAACAUUUUGCUGGCCUGUACCAAAGUUCAGAAUCUGAUGAUGUGGCCUCUGUAUACUCUUGUAUUUUCAUGAGACUGCAUCUUAGCUGUAAGAACCUUUAUUUUAUGUUGAAAUUUGACUGGCAAGAUUACAUUUGGGAACGUUUUUAAAAGUAUGUUUCCAAAAAAAUCUCACUGACCACUUACAUUAGAACAUUUUUCUUAAUCGCUACAAUAACUUACAUGCUGCAGUAUCUAAUAACUGGAGGAUCAACACAUGCAUUAUAUUUUCAGUCUGUGCUUUGAAUUUUUUAUUGUAUGUUACUUAAAAUAUUGCACAUACACUUGGGAGAACUAUAUCCUUAUGUACAUAAAAUUGUAUAUUAAUUUGUAGAAGAUAUUUUCUUUAUAUAUUUCCUUACCACAGGAGGUGCUUUGUUCAAGAAGUUUUUGCUUUAAAUAUGACUGGAAAGGUACCUUUGGAGUUUCUUUCUAAGAGAUACAGCUAACAAGUUUAUAUAUUAUUGCAUUUAUUUUCAGAGUUGUUUUUGGAUCCAGGGAAUUCUGCUGAGAAACAAAUUGUCAAUGUUAAGCUGAAUUCUGUUACAUUAGUAGUACAUUUUAUCAUUUAUAUUCUUAUGUCUAAUAUAUCACUUGAUCUCAUGGAGAAAGCUUAAAGAAUGAGCAUUUGAAGUAACUGGUCUUUUUGAAUGAUUAGAUUUUGAAUGGAAAUUGAGAUUAUAAUAUUGUGAAUCAUCUGUGAUGUAAAAAAUCAUUAUCCUUGGUGCUUUUUUUCCCCCCAAUGCACAAAUAAUUGUGAACCAUUUGAAAUUAAACUAUACACCAAGCAGUGCAGCAUACCAAGAAUUCCAUGCAUUGUAAUUCCAUGCAUUGAUAAAUUGCUAACACUUUAGCUUGAAGCUUAUGUUUUAAAAAAGCUACUAGAACUUCAUUAUAUAAAUAACGAUUAUUAUAAUUCUUCAAAGAAGCUCUUCUAAGGUUAAAUCAACAUAUAUAAACUGACUUUUAGAAAAUAAGCGUAUUACAUUUUAGUGGUUUUAAAGGUACCAGAUGCAGGGGCUGGGAAUUUAGCUCAGCGACAUAAGCACCUGCCUUGCAAGCAGGCAGUCGUGAGUUCGAUCCCCGGUACUGAUAAAAAGGAAAAAGACCAAAAAAAAAAAAAAAAAAAAAAAAAAAGGUACCAGAUGCAAAAGUCACAAGUAUGUACGAUUAAAUUCAUAUAUUUCACAUGAAUGUAUAUUAUAUGAAGAUAUGCCUUGUAAAUAUUGAAUGUACCUGUCUUCUGUGUGUGAAAACAUACUUAAUAUGCUCGUUAUGGGGGUUAAGAAAACUACUCAUUUUUUAAAGUGGGUCUGAAUAAAAUAUCUUCUUUCCAGGGUCA